AUGUCUGAACCGAAGUACCGCGAGUGGAUUUUGGACACCAUAGAUUCACUGCGAUCAAGAAAAGCACGACCAGACCUCGAAAGAAUUUGUAGGAUGGUCCGAAGACGACAUGGGUCCGAACCAGAUCGAACCUGUUUAGAACUCGAAAAACUGAUCCAGGAGCAAACGGUGUUGAAAGUGAACUACAAGGGUUCAGUUUCCUAUCGUAACGCGGCAAAGGUACAACGAAGUAGAAGAAAAAUAGAUCGGGCAAGCAGCAAAUCUAUGGUAAAACAAACAAUACUCCCCGACUUAGGCAACGGCGACAGCUCUCUUAGUCCCACAGAUGAUCAGAUGGGGGAUAUGGAAGUAACGCUAAGCAACCAGUUUGACCCCGUGUCUGUCACGCCGACUGGUCCUGCAGAACAUCAAGUGGCUGUGAUUCGCACGAAUGAAAAUGGUUACAUGACCCAGACCACAGUCCCUGUGGCUUCGGAGAGGGAGACAGUCAAUCGUAGGACAGACAGCUGCGUACGCGAAGUAGAAACGAAGUCAUCGGUGCGACUCUCGAACUCGCUGGCAGAAGGAGAUGCUUGUGAGAAGGAUGUAAAGGCAGCAAUAGAAGGUGUAGACAGUGGUGUGGAUGAGGAUGAGGUAGACAGCAGCCUGAAUGCCUCGUACACGCAGGAUGCCAGAGACUCCAUCACUGGCUUUGAUUCCUUCACCAGCAGUGACACCAGGAUACCCACAGAUUCAUCCACUUCAACAAAGCCAACAGCCUCCCUAAAACAAGAGCAUGCCUGUGCUCAUGCAGAGAUUGUAUUGCCUGGAUUUCAAGGAGAUACAGCAGUGGUGGAUAUGGGGAAGCAGCCACUGGCCAUCUGUCCCUCUGUUCAGAGGAGCCCACUGAGGGGAGAGGAGGAGGGGCUGAGAGCGGAGGAGAGCGCGCUAACUCCUGACGAGCUGCUGGCAGACUGCAGAGGCGCGCUGCAUCAAGAUGAAGCAGUGCAGGUUUGUGGUGGACCUCAGACAGGUUUUGUCUUGUUACAACAAGGAAAAGAGAGUAAUAAAGGGGUAGAUGCCAUGACUCGCUCCCAGGAUGUGAAUGCAGCUGAAAAUGGAGAGAAGAAAAGAGGAAGUUUUCUGAAGAGGGAGGAGAUUGGGCAGGACCCUCUACAGUGGAGCGUGGCAGAUGUGGCGAGUUAUUUUUCAGCUGUGGGGUUUCCUGAGCAGGCAGUGGCUUUUCGAACACAGGAAAUAGAUGGGAAGUCCCUGCUCCUGAUGCAGCGUAGUGAUGUAUUGACUGGUCUGUCAAUUAGACUUGGUCCCGCCCUCAAGAUAUAUGAGCAUCACGUGAAGGUACUGCAGAGAAGCCUCUUCCAGGAUGACAGUGACCUCUGUUCAAAGCCCUGAAUCCCUGCUCUCUGAUGAGCAUCUGUUGUCCUUUAAAGACAUAUAUAGAACCACAAAACUGUGAGCCCAGACCACUAAGGGCAAACAUGAACUAUAUCUGAGACCAGAUUCAUACUCCUCUUUCAUCAAUUUCUCGAUCAUUUUUAUCUCCCUCUCUCUCCGGGACUGAUGAAGGCGUGAUGCUCUCUGUCAUCAAGCCUUGACUGUUUCUCUCUCUCUCUCAUCACGCCCUGUCUCUUUCUCUCUCAUCAGUCACAGUGAGACAGCUUAGUGGAGUGAUACUGUUUUUAUGGAGUUGAAGACUGUUUAGUUUCCUGCAUCAGUAUGUGUUCUGAAUUUAUUCUGUUUGAAAUGUAUCUCAGUGUUUUGUUGGUUGAAAUUUACUUAUUCUUCUGUGCAAUUAAUGACAAGGCGUACGAUGGUAUUAGCAUUCUUUACCAGGAAUUGUAUGUAAGG